AUGCCACCGAGUAGCCUUCGAGUCGUGUACGCGUUCGCCAGAGAAAUGCAUCCUAAAACAACCGACGUUUUUAUACAAUACGGCACCGCCGGAUUCCGAACCAAAGCGAGUCUUCUCGAACAUGUGGUAUACCGCAUGGGUCUGCUCGCAGUAAUUCGCUCUCGCUGUAAAAAUGGUCGCGCAAUAGGAAUAAUGAUAACCGCGUCCCACAACUUGGAACCAGACAAUGGUGUCAAGCUAAUCGACCCAGACGGUGAAAUGCUCGAUGAGAGCUGGGAAGAAAUCGCAACGAGGCUAGCUAAUGUCAGUGACAAUGACUUAGAAUCAACAACGGAGCAAGUGAUCAAGGAAGUCAACGCCGACAUGACACUCAAAGUCAGUGUUUUCAUUGGCAUGGACACAAGAUAUACGAGUCCUCGCCUAGCAGCGGCCGCAGUGCACGGGGUCAUGGCUUUAAAAGGAACGCCAAAGGAAUUUGGUAUUGUCACUACACCUAUCCUACACUACUGCGUGAAAUGUCGCAAUGAUAACACUUACGGAAUACCCACAGAAGAAGGUUAUUACGAUAAAAUCGUCGGUGCCUUCAAGAAUAUUCGUCAAAAGCUACCAGUAACUGGUAACUACAACUCAACUCUGUACGUGGAUGGCGCUAAUGGCGUCGGAGGGAAAAAGUUAAAUAUCAUCAAAAAAACUUUAGACGGAGAACUAGAUUUAGUUCUGUUCAAUUUGGGCGGUAAUGGAGGGAAGUUGAAUUUAAAUUGUGGGGCAGAUUUCGUGAAAGUAUCACAAAAGCCGCCGGUGGGAGUGGAACACGUGCCCUUCCAGCGGGUGGCGUCGUUGGAUGGCGACGGCGACCGAAUUGUGUAUUAUUAUUUGGAUGAUGACAACAAAAUGCACCUGCUAGAUGGUGACCGCAUAGCAACCCUUCUAGCGAGCUACAUCUCCCAACUCCUGACCGCGUGUGACGCAACUCUCAACGUCGGCCUCGUACAGACCGCGUACGCUAAUGGCGCCUCCACGAAGUACAUUACUGAAGAAUUGAAAAUGCCAGUCAGUUGUGUCAGAACAGGUGUAAAACAUCUCCACCACGCCGCGUUAUCUUACGACAUGGGAAUCUACUUCGAAGCGAACGGACACGGCACCGUAGUGUAUAGUAAAGAAGCGAAAAAUACUAUUAGGAAAAUUGCCGAAGAAGGCGAGGCAGAGCAACGUAAAGCAGCCCAACUAUUCUUGAACUUCAUAGACAUGACGAAUGAGACGGUGGGAGACGCUAUAUCGGACCUAUUCCUGGUGGAGACUGUGCUGUGUGCGCGCGGCAUCGACGUGCGGGAGUGGAUGUCCUCGUACCGGGACUUGCCUUGUCGACAGCUGAAGGUCACUGUGAAGGACCGUAACGCAAUAUCGACAGCGGACGCGGAACGUCAGUGUACAGCACCAGAAGGUCUUCAGACCAAGAUCAAUGAACUAGUCUCUAAAUAUACCAGUGGUCGAUCGUUUGUCCGUCCGUCCGGUACUGAGGAUGUGGUGCGUGUCUACGCAGAGGCCGACACGCAACAGUCAGCAGAUAAGUUAGCCGCUGAAGUAGCACAAGCUGUGUACGAUUUGGCGGAUGGAGUCGGCGAUAGACCUGUGUUACCUGAA